AUGGAGAGUUGUUAUUCUCAGCAGAAAGGCUUUCUUAUUUCUCUGUUUCUUUUAAAUGUAUUAAUAUAUUGGGGAGGAUAUUGGAAGGUGAGUGGUUGCUUCGAUUCCGAGAGAAAAGCUCUGACUACCUUUCGGAAGUCUCUCAACGAUUCCUUCAAUAUUCUCUCUUCAUGGGAUGAUGAUGCCUCUGACUGCUGCAAAUGGAGAGGAAUUACCUGCCACAACAUAACUGGGUACGUUGUUAAACUCGACCUCCAUGGCAAUGACUCCCGUCUCGGACUAGGUGGCAGAAUUGAUCCAGCUCUGGUUCAACUGAAGCAUCUUCAGUUCUUGGACUUGAGCUUUAAUGCUUUUAAUGGCGCACCAAUUCCAGAUUUCUUGGGUGGAAUGAAGGAGUUGAGGCAUUUGAACUUGUCAUGGGCAGGAUUCAGUGGGAGAAUCCCUCAUCAGCUUGGAAACCUCUCUAAACUCGUUUCCCUGAAGCUUUCUUCAUCUUCUUUGAGUGCCAAAAACCUUUGGUGGUUGACAAGCCUACCUUCUCUCAAUUACCUAGACAUGUCUGGAGUGGAUCUUUCCAUGGCAAGCCAUGAUUGGGUGCCCGUAAUGAACAUGUCUCCUUCCCUUGUUGAGCUAAGCUUAUUCGAUUGUGGUCUUUCAUAUAUUUCCCCAACUCUUCCUUCUGUUAAUUUCACAUCUCUCCGUGUCCUUCGUCUCAGUGAUAACAACUUCAACUCUAGCAUUCCAAACUGGAUAGCUAACAUUAGUAGCCUCGUGUUUUUGGAUCUCUCAUAUAACAACUUUCAUGGUGAGGUUCCUUAUCAAUUUUCACAACUUCCUAACUUGGAAGAGUUGGUGCUGGGAUCAACUGAUGAUGAUAACCUGAGGGUUGAUUGGUCAGAGUUCCUUGAAGGCAGCUGGAGGAAGCUGAAGAUACUUCGUCUAUCUUUCAGUCAGCUGCAUGGAGGAAUCCCCAACUCUAUUUGGAAUAUGACAUCACUUGAGUCUCUCUCUUUGUCAUUCAGUGAGAAUAUAACAGGUAGCAUUCCAAGAGCCAUAACUAAGCUUAUCAAUUUAGAGAGCCUGUCAUUGUACGGAUACCAAAUGCAUGCGGCCAUUCCUGAUUGCUUAUAUGAGCUAAAAAAUCUUAAAAGCCUUUCUCUAUCCGAUUGCAUGCUGACAGGCCCAAUCCCUGCAGCUCCUCUUGGAGGAUUGUCUUCCUUGCUAUAUUUAUCUCUCCGUGGGAAUCAGUUGAAUGGGAAUAUCCCUGCUUCUCUUGGAGGAUUGUCUUCCUUGGAAGAAUUAAUUCUCUCGGGGAAUCAGUUGAAUGGAAAUAUCCCUGCAGCUCUUGGAGGAUUGUCUUCCUUGGAAUAUUUAGACCUUUCAGUGAAUCAGUUGAAUGGGACAAUCCCAACAACUUUAGGACAACUUUCUAACUUGUAUUCGCUUGACCUCUCUUACAACUCCUUGACAGGAAACGUGUCUGAAAGUGUUUUUGAAAACCUCAAAAAGUUGACGUCCUUAUAUUUGUAUUCCAAUUCUUUGGUUUUUGUUCCACACUCUGAUUGGGCCCCUCCAUUUCAGCUUUUUGACAUUUACCUAAGAUCAUGUCAUUUAGGUCCUCGAUUUCCUCUCUGGCUACGUACACAAAAAUAUGUAAAUUACUUGGAUCUCUCUAACACAGCCAUCUCUGGAAUCAUCCCCACCUGGUUUUGCGAUUUAACACCCCAACUUCUUCAACUGAACCUUUCAAAUAACCAGAUUUUUGGCCAAUUGCCCAACCCUUUAAAAAUGCCGCCUCAUGCCUACAUUGAUUUGAGCUCGAAUAAUUUCAGUGGUCCCAUACGUUGCAUAUUGAAUGGAGCCUCUUUUCUCGAUCUCUCCAACAAUCAAUUUUCUGGGCCAAUCCCACCAAAUUUUACAUCCACAUUGCAGUAUUUAUAUUACUUUUCUGCCAGAGGUAACCAAAUCAGUGGCAUGAUUCCCUCAUUCAUAGAAGGAAUGAACUCCUUGUCUGUCCUUGACCUUUCCCGAAACAAUAUAGGUGGUAUCAUUCCAUUGAGUUUGGGUAAUUGCAUAGCACUCAAGGCACUUGAUUUGAGCAAGAACAGGUUAUCGGGAGGAAUACCCACGUCUUUGGGUCUAUUACGUCAACUCCAAACAAUGCACCUGAGCCACAAUAACCUAUCGGGAGAAAUCCCUUCGUCUUUGAAGAAAUGUGCUAGUCUGGAGACUCUCGACCUUGGACGCAACAAUUUCUCAGGUUACAUUCCCACUUGGAUUGGCAAAAGCUUUCCAGCUUUAAGAAUUCUGAGUUUACGAUCAAAUAUGUUUACUGGCAACAUCCCAGCACAACUAUCAAACUUGACUUCUCUUCAGAUCCUUGAUGUGGGACAAAAUUGUUUAUCUGGCUCAAUUCCUCAAUGUUUUGAAGAUCUCAUAGCCAUGAAGAAGACAAACCUCAAUCUUUCCUAUGGAAGAAUAGGAACAUAUUAUAAUGAAAACUUGCUUGUGUCAGUGAAGGGGCUGAUUCUUGAAUACACUAGAACAAUAUCAUUGGUCAUAUGCAUGGACCUUUCAAGAAAUAACUUAUCUGGAGAGAUCCCAAAAGGACUCAUAAGUCUUUUGGGAUUGCGAGUCUUAAACUUUUCGGGAAACCAUUUGACCGGAAAGAUCCCAGACAAGAUUGAUAAAUUGGCAUUACUAGAGUCUCUUGAUUUCUCAAAAAAUCAGUUUUCAGGUACAAUUCCUCUAAGCAUGUCAAAUUUAACUUUUCUAAGUUACUUGAACUUGUCAUUUAACAACUUGUGGGGGGAAAUUCCAUAUGGAAAUCAGCUCCAAACAUUUCAAGAUCCUUCUAUUUAUAUGGGCAACAACAGACUUUGUGGACCUCCUCUUCCACAUAAGUGUGUUAGCGAUGAGACUCCUCAAGGUCCAAUGCUUGUUAGUGGUGACAUUGAAAAAGAUGAAGAAGAGGAUGAGAUGCGUUGGUUUUGCUCUGGACUGGGACCGGGAUUUGCAAUUGGGUUUUGGGCCUUCUGUGGCAUUUUAGUGCUGAAGAGGUCCUGGAGGAUUGUCUAUUACCGCUUCUUUGAUGAGAUGAAAGAUAGACUUUAUUUUAAUUGUCAUUGUACAUGA